AUGAACCAUCUUCGACUUCACAACCUCGUAGCAAUUGUCACAGGCUCGUCUUCGGGCAUUGGUAGAGCCAUCGCCAUUGCAUAUGGCGAACAAGGCGCAAAGGUCGUCUGCGGUGAUCUCUCCCCGUCAUCGUCCACCUCUCCAAAUGACAAGGCGACACAUGAAGUCAUUGAGGAGGGUGGAGAGGGAUCUAGUGUCUUCGUCGAAGUGGACGUGAGCGAUUCACAGAGCGUCAAGACAUUGGUUGAUACCGCUGUGGAGACGUAUGGUCGGUUGGACGUUAUGGUCAACAACGCAGGUGUUGGCACCGAGGCGGCGGACCCUCAGCCAAUCCAACAUAGUAGCGAAGAACGAUUCGAAAAGACAUUACGAGUAAACACAUUCGGCACAUUCUAUGGUUGCAAGCAUGCCGCAGCUCAAAUGCUACGCCAAACACCCCAAGCGGACGCCUCUCGAGGCUCAAUCAUCAACAUGUCCUCUGCGCUAGCAGUUGUGGCUUCACCUGGAGUGCCUUGCUAUGCCGCUUCGAAAGGGGCUGUCUCGAGCCUGACAAGAGCUGUUGCUGUUGACUUGGGGCAGCAUGGAAUUCGCUGCAAUGCCAUCAUACCGGGUUAUGUGGAAACCCCAUUGACCUCGAAGAUUGCUUCGAGGUUGGCGGAUGCGGCGCCUACGGGGCAGACGGUCAAACCUGAUGAGCUUGCGCGGGUGGCCGUCUUUCUGGGGAGUGCGGACUUUGUGGCGAUGACGGGGUCGCAGGUUGUUGUUGAUGGAGGACUUUUGUCGUAUUUGAGGUUGUGA